GUGAGAGGAGAGGACAAAUGAAGCUCGUGUUCUCUUGACAGACGCGUCUCGUGACGAGCUCAGCCAAUCACGUGGCGAAUGCGAUGUGCUACAACCCUCCCGGGGUCGCCUCGCAACAACGAUUUCCUUGUGUUAUGUUUUCACGAAGAAAACGGCUUUUAUUAUUUGGAGAGAACACCACGGACAAAACUAUCCGCAGGUCUUUUGUCUUCCCUUUUAGAAUUUACUUUAGAGUUUUUAAGUGCCUGUUCACCACUUGUUUUAUUGAGUACCAGUUCGUGACAGGCGAACUAGCUAGCUAGGUGCGGGCUUGCUAGUCAGUUAGUCAAGACUGACUGAACUAAACAUCACAUAAUACGACUGUACGAGACACAUCCGAUCCCACUCAGAAGAAAAGAAAUGCCGAUCAAACACAUGUCAUGUUAAUUUGAACACUUUUUUUCGUUUCGGAGCCGUUGCUGUUUUUACGCGGCUAAGGUUAGCUCACGUAACCAGCUGUGUUGUUGUUGUUGUUGUUGUACACAUAUAAUAACCGCUAGUUUGUUCUAAUCGGACUGUGCUGGAGAAAUGGGUUCAAUUAUUAGUCGAAGAAUCGCUGGUGUUGAGGAUAUCGACAUCCAGGCCAAUUCUGCAUACAGAUAUCCUCCAAAAUCAGGAAACUAUUUUGCCAGCCAUUUUUUCAUGGGAGGAGAGAAGUUUGACACUCCUCAUCCAGAGGGUUACCUUUUUGGAGAGAACAUGGAUCUCAACUUUCUUGGUAACCGCCCAGUGCAGUUUCCCUAUGUUACUCCAGCACCCCAUGAGCCAGUCAAGACACUGAGAAGUCUUGUCAACAUCAGAAAAGACUCAUUACGAUUGGUCAGGUAUAAAGAUGAUGCUGAUACUCCAACUGAUGAAGAAGCAAAACCAAGGGCGUUAUAUGGAGUGGAGUUCACCUUUGACUCUGAUGCACGAGUGGCCAUCACUAUCUACUGCCAGGCUUUUGAGGAGUUCUCCAAUGGGAUGGCAUUAUACAGCCCGAAAACCCCUGCAUUAGUCUCUGAAACCGUAUAUUACAAAAGAGGGGUUAGCCAGCAGUUUACCCUGCCCUCCUUCAAGAUUGAUUUCUCUGAAUGGAAGGAAGAAGAUCUCAACUUUGAUUUGGACAGAGGUGUUUUUCCCAUGGUGAUUCAGGCUGUGGUUGAUGAAGGAGAUGAUUGUUUGGGACAUGCACAUGUACUGUUGGCAGCAUUUGAAAGACAUGUUGAUGGCAGUUUCUCAGUCAAACCUUUGAAGCAGAAACAAAUAGUGGACCGUGUCAGUUACUUGUUACAAGAGAUUUAUGGAAUUGAGAAUAAAAAUAACCAAGAGACAAAGCCAUCUGAUGACGAGAACAGUGACAACAGCAACGAGUGUGUGGUGUGUCUGUCAGAUCUGCGGGACACCCUGAUUUUGCCCUGUAGGCACUUGUGCCUGUGUAACUCCUGCGCUGAUACUCUUCGCUACCAGGCCAACAACUGCCCAAUCUGCAGACUGCCGUUUCGAGCUCUUCUUCAGAUUCGAGCUGUAAGAAAGAAGCCUGGAGCACUUUCUCCUGUUUCCUUCAGCCCGGUGCUGGCUCAAAGCAUGGAUCAUGAUGAGCACUCAAGCUCAGACUCAGUUCCCCCUGGCUUUGAGCCCAUCUCGCUGCUGGAGGCUUUGAAUGGUCUUGGUGCCGCGUCCCCUGGCCUUCCAUCUGCACCUCUGUAUGACGAGAUCAACUUCUCUGGGAGCUUGAGUGGAGAGAGCAGGCAGCUCAGCUCACCUGACCACUCUGGAGACAGUGGGGGACAGAAGAGCAAAGUCAGCAAGUCUCCCGACAGCACUCUGCGCUCUCCAUCAUCACCCAUUCAGGAGGAGGAUGAAGAAAAACUUUCGGAGUUGUCUGAUGCACAAGCUCACAUGCUGCUGUCCAGCAGUCCUGCCCCCACUGAGGGUACGGCUGGGGAGGACGCCCCUGAUUCACUGUCUCCUGAAGAUGAGGAUGGACUGAAUUUGGAGGAAGAGGCGAUGAAUGACUGCAGCAGUGAGCUCAGCAGCUUAACCAAGACUGAAAGUGACCCCCCUGGAGACCUGUCCCUCCCCGCUCUAGGUCCUGAUUCCUGCUCUAUUGGUUUGGAAGAGUAAUGGGAUUAUCUGGCUCAAUGGAAAGUCUGAACACUCAGAGUACCUGCUGCUCCAGCCAGCCGCUCCUGGGUCCCUCAAGCCAUUUGCACAUGGAUGAUGAUGAACUGGAUGUUUAACCCUGUCCAUCUCCUUCUUUGUACAGCCCGACAUGUCUCAACAUUGCAGUUUGAUGCACUUCCAUUCCAGUAUCCCACUUUGAACAUGAUUGACUCCAUGCCUUUUGAACAUAACCGGCUGAGGCCGAUGAGCUUGUUCUGGAGGUGUGUCAUAUUUCUUGUGCUUGGUGUUUAGGGCUCUAUUUUGAUCAAGUUGCUUACUUCACCCAAAAUGACCACCCUUACUCAAACUCUGCAUUAUUAUCUUUCUUCAUGGAUCACUAAAGAAGUUGGGCAGAAUGUCCAGUCUGCUCUUUUACAUUUCAUGAAAGUUGAUUUUAAAGUACUUGGUAAGCUCCAGAAACCAAUGAAAUAAAAUUAUUAGUUCAUACUACAUAUCAAGUAAUUAAGUUUUCAGAAGCUAAAUGAAAUAUCUGCGAUGAACUGAACAGACCAAACUCUAAACCAUCAAAUAAUAUUCCCUCCAAUUACAAAACGCCUUCAUGGUCUACUCUUAUUGAACUUUUGGAGAUUUGCGAUGCAUCCUUUCAUGGGAAAAAAUAUAAUAUUGGGUUAGAAUGAUGUUGCAGAUGCAAUUUCUGUUGAUUUGUGGAAACACUUAAAAUGUUGUUGUUGUUUUUUAAUUGGCAUCUGUUGUUUCUUGAAGAACUUUUAACAUCCAAGGAACCUUCCAAUUGCACAAAAUGUUCUUCAAACUGGUAAAAGGUUCUCUAGAUGAACUUCAAAAAAAAAAAUAGUUUUAUGAACUGUUCGCUGAAAGGUUCUUUGAGGAACUUGCUCGCCACUUGUAUGUGUUAAAAAGCUUUAUUUGUAAGAGUGCGGUUGAGGGUGAAGCAGGUCAUUUCGGUGCUUGGUUAUGUGAUGCUAGAUAUAGAACUUUGAUCCAGAAAUUGAUUAUAACAGUAAUAAACAUACAGCAGCUUGUUACAAUUAAUAGACAAAGCACAUUUCAAUAAAAACUAAUUUCAGGAUAUCUGUAUGAGUAAAUGUAAAAGUCAGCAAAUGUUAAAUGUUAAACUAACGAGUAAAUAAUACAGAAAAAUAAUUGUAAAUGUUUUAGUAUGUGGUUAAAUGUUCUGAAAUUGUUUUUUUGUGUGCUGACUGAAGAUGAGCAGUAAGAUAAGCACUUCUAAAUAUAUCUAUAUUCAUGAUUUCAAAUGUAAUAUUUAUAGUGAUCAAAUACUGUUGGAAAUGGUGGAGUUCUUGUCAGUUUAAUGACCAAAUAUUGUGUGGUCUAACAGUGCUUUAAAUGUGCUUGCUUGUUCAGCUAUUUAAUGCUCUUUAAGGACUAAAAAAGCCAUGGUGGACUCUUAUUUACCUCUAUUUGCUUAUGCAUAUUGUAAUAUAAUCUUUAAAUACUUUUAACAUGUGAAGGCAUUCCUUUCAUGUGACGGUUCAGAUGUUAUUAAAUCAUUGUAGAGCGAGGACUUUGCGAGUAUUUGGUUGGUUGUAUUUCUUGACAGCUGGACCCUGUAUUUCUGAGAGAGGAAAGAAAAGCUCAAUGAACAAGUCACAAGAAGCAUGAAAUCUCAUUGUUCUCCUCAAACAUGCAGAUAUGCAGUGUCUUGUAGCGUUAUGCAUAGAGGUUUAUGUGCCUUUAAAGAACAAAACAAGUGUUGUAACAGCUUUUGCUCAUAGCAGUGCUGUUCUUUUGUUCAUCUUCAGCUGUAACCGUUAGCCUCGACUACAUUUAUGCAUUAGAUGUGAGACUGAUGUUCUUAUUUGUAAUGUCCAUUUUGGAGAGCAGAUCAUUUUAAACUGAUACUAUGUAGGUUGAAACAUAUUGCUUAUACAAAUUUUGUAAUGCUAUGAUACUUAACAUGAUUUUUGUUACAUCAUCUGUUCAUAUUGACUAAGCUGCUCUGUACAUGUAUUUUAAUCAAAUGUAAAAAAAAAAAAAAAAUCUGAUGAAAUAUUGAUGCGGUUGAAUUAAUUGCUUACAGCUCUGCAUGAUAAUUUUGAUGUAAGAUUUAUCACUGCUCUGGAAUAUGCAUAUUAUUUAUUUCCUCAAAUGAUGUGCCAUUUUAAUUAAAUAUUCAACUGUGCCUUCUUGUUCCUCACUUGUGAGAAGUGCAUUUAAAGCGUACUUUCAAUAGGAAUACUAAUUAUGAAAGCAAUAUACUUGUAUCAUUAUUAUGGAACAACUGUUGUAUAUAAAUUCCAUGAGUGUUAUAUCCUAAAUCUAAGAAGUUAAACAUUUGAGUGUUUUUUGAUGUAUAUUUGCAUGUACUUCUGAUAUAUUUUGGUCAGUGGCACUGAAAAUAAAAUGUACUUCAAAGCAACUGUAAUUUAGAAAAAUA